AUGUCGCUCGUGCCGCCGGACCCGUCGAUGAACUUCGCGCACAUCUUGCGUCUGCUGAACACUAACGUGGACGGCAAGCGCAAGAUCCAGUACGCCCUGACUGAAAUUAAGGGUGUGGGUCGUCGCUACGCUAACAUUGUCUGCAAGAAGGCUGAUGUCGAUCUGGCCAAGCGUGCCGGUGAACUCAACUCGGAUGAGCUUGAGCGCAUUGUCAACAUCCUGCAGUCACCUCAGGAGUUCAAGAUUCCCACCUGGUUCCUUAACCGGCAGAAGGACUUCACCACCGGCAAGGACUCGCAGGUUCUGUCGAACAACGUCGAGGCUAAGCUGCGUGAUGACCUGGAGCGCCUGAAGAAGAUCCGUGCCCACCGUGGUCUGCGUCACUACUGGGAGCUCCGUGCCCGUGGUCAGCACACACGCACGACUGGUCGUCGUGGUCGUACUGUUGCCAACAAGAAGAAGUAA